AUGGAUUUUUCUUCGAAUAUGCUAGAAUACUCAAGUAAAGCAAAAAAGUUGAUACGAAAGUAUCGCAGUAGUUCAAAUCAUCUACGUAGUUUUAUUGAAAGUACAGCGGCGUUUAAAAGUAUUGCAACAAAAACAGAUUGCUCAUUUAAAACAGCAAAAUUGCUAAUAAGAUAUUCCCAAUCUGGAGAUAAUUACAAUUUAUUUGAUUUUGAACAGAAAAUUACUGAAAAAUUCAAAAAAAUGACGCCCUCUUCUGAUUACCCAAGAAGCUUCCCCAUAACAUUUUACUGUUCUUUAUUUUCACUUUUAAAACGCAAAAUUGGGUUUAUUAAUUCGGACACAACUCUUGUAAAAAAAUUUUAUUUGAUGUCUUUGUUAUCACCAAACCUUGUCGCUUCGUGUGGUGAGUCUUCUAUCCCACUGACAUCACAAGAGGAUCAAGGCAGCCUACCUCAAAUUUCAUUGACCUUGAAGUCAUUGCCUUCAGAACCCCGCUUGAAUCCUAUUGGUUCUCUACCAGUAGGUACUAAAAGACCAACUUCAGGCUCCUUUGUACUGGAAUCCAACUGCCCCUUUGUCAUGGACAAAUUACCGGUGAGUAGUUGCCUGGUCACUGAUCAUGACCACGAUAUGAUUCGUGACAUGGUACAACCAAUACUUUGGCAUUUAAAAAAAGAACAAACAAAGUUUACUAGGGAAAAACCGAAGUUCUUUGCUGGAACCUCCAGUACCCCUAAACCAAUAUCACCGACAAAUUUAAAUAUUCGUAAAAGUAUCAGUUUACGGUUCGUCUAA